AUGUCAUCCACAGGCAAUGGCACUGAUAUUGAAGAAUUCUUGGUCAACAUUAACUUGGGGCAGUAUCUUCCUAACUUUAAAGAAUAUGGCUAUAACAUUGUGACAGAUUGUGUGGGAAUAAAUAACAGUGUGCUUCAGCAAAUGGGAGUGUUGCCUACAGGGCACCGCAGAAGGAUUCUUAAGCAAUUAGACACCACUCUUUCAAAAAUGCAAGGAAAUUCUCUUUUCCAUGAAAAUCUAAAACUCAAAGACUUGAAAGGUUUAGAAGAGAAGCAAUAUUCAUCCUCGGAUCAGGAGUCUCCAAUAAGCAAUUCAAGUGUAGAUGCGACUAGCUUGAUACCUGCAACGUCGUCAGAACAACUUCUUUAUAAAGCUUACAUUGAUAAAGAAAGGUUUGAACUUGCAGAGCAAAACUUAUCAGAGGCAAAUGAUGAUAGCUUUACAAAUUUGGAUUGUUCUAGUUUAUACCAGAAUUCAGAGAGCAUACUAAAAGCUGUCAAUCUAAGUGGAAGUAUUAAGAUGAAUACUCAGCCAGAUGCAUCACUGGAAGAAGCUGCUGCAUACCAAGCUGAUGAGCACUUGGCUGGCUGUUUGGCAUUUCAUGAUCCUCCUUCUUCAUUUGCUCAUUCAUGUGAGACAAAAUACAGUGAAAACAAACACCUGAUGUUUGCAGAUGAGGAUGAUUUUUCUGAUUGUGAGCCAAAUUCUCCAUUCUUUAAGUUUAAAGGAGAAAUGAUAGAAAAUGACUUAUAUGAUUCUUAUACGCAAAACUGCGUGAAAGUAUUUCCAAGAGCAAGCCAGUCUUUUAUGUUAAGGCAUCGACCUGUACCAGAAAUUCCAGAAUCAAGUAAAGGUCAAGCUUCAUCAAGUUCCCUUCAGAAAAGAAGAAAUGUGGAUCCUGUAAAUAUUUCUUGCACUGGGAGGCAAAUUUCACAAAAUGAAACUUUCACAGAGGAAAAGCCACCCAUCAUCUCUCCAUACGGGGAAACCUUUAUUUGUGACAACCCUAAAGAUGCUCAAGAACUUCAUGGAAAUGAAUUCCUGGCUUAUCAAAAUAAAUCAGAUCUGGGAAUGAAUGAAGAGUAUUCUUUUUACAAGAAUCUAUGUUCCUUUAAUAAUCAGGAUGAGAAGAAAAAGGAAUUUGCAAAAAAUGAAUCCCUGUCUCAGGAAAACAAAUCAUUAGCACUAGAAGAAUCUGAAAGUGAAUCUGUAUAUUCUGUUGUGGAACAAUGUUCUUUGCCUUUAUGGAAAAAGAAAAAUAAAGACAAGACACACUCGGCAUCUUGUAGUAAGAUGCAAAGUGGAGAUGCAGAUCACUUGGUCAGUGAACAAAUGCAUUUUUGGCAAGCUGAUGGAGAUCAAACUUCUAUUGGAAAUGAUUCAAUAACACCAUAUGCUUGUUUUUAUGGACCAUCAGUAAAGAAGGUUAAAGCAGGAUGGCUGGAUAAAUUAUCCCCUCAAGGCAAACGUAUGUUUCAGAAGCGCUGGGUUAAGUUCAAUGGAGACAGCAUUUCUUAUUACAAUAAUGAAAAGGAAGUGUUCUCAAAGGGAAUAAUACUGCUCUCUGCUAUAGCAACAGUAAGAGUUCACGGGGAGAAUAAAUUUGAAGUUGUCACAUCCCAUAGGACUUUUGUCUUCCGUGUGGAUAAAGAAGAAGAAAGGAAUGACUGGGUUAAUACGAUGCUCAAUGCCUUGAAAUCGCAGUCUGAUAAUAACUCUCAGUCUCGAACUUCUGUUGCCCCUGAGAAAAGCGGAUAUCUUGAGCUGAAAGGAUACAAAGCCAAAAUUUUUAUUCUACUUCAGGGGAAUACUGUGUGGAUCUGCAAAAAUGAGCAGGAUUUUAAGACGGGAUUUGGUAUCACUUUAAUCCCUAUGAAUGUGGCAAAUGUAAAACAAGUGGAUCGGACUGCAAAGCAAUCUUUUGAAAUAAUUACUCCUUAUAAAAGCUUUAGCUUUACAGCAGAGUCGGAAAGAGAGAAACAAGACUGGAUUGAAGCACUGCAGCAAUCGAUAGCAGAAACUCUGUCUGAUUAUGAAGUAGCUGAGAAGAUUUGGUUCAAUGAGUCCAACAGGAGCUGUGCUGACUGUAAAGCUCCCAGUCCUGACUGGGCAUCAAUCAAUCUCUGUGUUGUCAUUUGUAAGAAGUGCGCAGGACAGCACAGGUCUUUGGGACCAAGAGAUUCUAAGGUCCGGAGUCUAAAAAUGGAUGCCAGCAUUUGGAGCAAUGAACUUAUUGAGCUCUUUAUUGUCAUUGGAAAUAAGAGGGCAAACAGUUUUUGGGCAGGAAAUCUUCCUCCAGAUGAAGAGCUGCAUAUGGAUGCCCCCGCAGAAAAAAGGAUAGCAUUCAUUACACAAAAAUACAAAGAGGGAAAAUUCAGGAAAGCACCUUUUCACUACAAAACCAAGGAACAGUUGAAUAAGGCCCUGUGCGCUGCUGUAGUUAAACAAGAUGUGCUAGAAACUCUGAUGUUGCUGUUUAGUGGGGCUGAUGCUAUGUGUGCCACUGGAGACCCUGUUUACAGUACUCCGUACUUACUAGCCAAGAAAGCUGGACAAAGACUGCAAAUGGAAUUCCUGUACCAUAAUAAGUUCUCAGAUUUCCCAAACUAUGAUACUUGUUUUGAAAGUGGCUUUCCUGAAGAUUCUUCACAUUCUACCUUUCUUUGUGAAUUCUUAUACAAAGUUUCUUCUAAUACUGCUAAGCUUCUUACAGAGAAGAAAUUAAAAGAAGAUUGCAACAAAAGAUGGUGCACUUUGGAAAGUGGCUUUCUGAGCUACUAUGAAAAUGAUAAAACUACCACUCCUAAUGGUAUGAUUGACAUCAAUGAAGUUAUCUGUCUUGUAGUGCACAAGUCAGACUUCUUUUUAAAUAGAGGGGACGUCUUUACCUUUGAAAUCUACUUAAUGUCAGAACGUGUUUUUCUGUUUGGAGCUGAAACUGCAUAUUCACAAAGAAAAUGGACUUGGGCAAUAGCUAAGCAUUUUGUUUCCCCUGUGGCUGAAUGCUUAUUAGAGAGAGACUGUGACCUGAUUGGCCAGCUGUACUACAAAGAUUGCCAUAACCUGGAUCAGUGGAGAAAAGGCUGGUUUGCUAUAGAGAAGUCGAGCCUUUAUUUUUGUCGUGAAAUGGAGAAUGCUGAAGGAGAUUCCAUAUAUCUAAGGAGGUUGCAAGAACUAACAAUCAGCAGUGUGAUGCAAAAUGGAGAGAAAAUAGAUGUCCUGCUGCUUGUUGAAAAAGGAAGAACACUAUACAUCCAUGGACAUACGAAGCUGGAUUUCAUGGUCUGGUAUACUGCAAUUGAAAAAGCAGCAGGUACAGAUGGUAAUGCAUUAGAAGAUCAGCAGCUCAGCAAAAACGAUGUUCCUAUUAUAGUGAACAGCUGUAUAGCAUUUGUUACACAGUAUGGUUUAGGUAGCAAGCAGAUCUACCUUAAGAAUGGUGAUUCUUCCAAUGUGGCUGAACUGCUGGAAAGCUUCAAAAAAGAUGCAAGGAGUGUUAAACUAAGAGCAGGAAAACAUCAGCUUGAAGAUGUAACUGAUGUAUUGAAAAGUUUCCUUUCGCAAAUAGAUGAUGCACUUCUCACUAAAGAACUUUAUCCAUUCUGGAUCUCUGCAUUAGAUACACAGAAUGAAAAGGAACGUGUGAGGAAGUAUGGAGCUUUUAUUCGGACGCUUCCACCAGUCAAUAGGGCAACUUUGGCUGCUUUAAUUGAACAUCUUUACAGGGUGCAAAAAUGUUCUGAAAUCAAUCAUAUGAACCCUCACAAUCUAGCCAUGGUGUUUUCGUCGUUCUUAUUUCAAACUAAAGGCCAAACUAGUGAAGAAGUCAAUGUAAUUGAAGAUCUAAUUAAAAAUUAUGUGCAGCUUUUUGAUAUAAAUGAAGACCAGGUCAAACAAAUGGAUAUAGAGAACAGUUUUAUUACCAGGUGGAAAGACACUCAG